AUGGAAUACUGGAUUAGUUAUCAAAGUUCAAGUAAGUGAAAUUAAUUGUUAAAUUUGUAUAAUGUACUAUGUUAAUUUAAAAAAAAAAACUUACUAAUUAUCCGAUUCAAUUUCUCGAUUUUGGUGAAAAAAUAUACUGACUUUUUUACUAAUUAUAGAUACUAAAUUUGAAUAUACAUUCAGAAAUGCUUAAAAGGAUUUUUAAUUUAAUUUUUCCAGAGCUUUUAACUACCACAAGUUUCAUGGUUUUUGGUUCUUACCAAAUAAACAUUUUACAGGGUUUUCUAAUACCAAUUAGCCAAUCUAGUGUAAACUGGUGCUUAAAAUCAGUUAGUAUGAAUAUAUAAACUGAAUAAAUGGUAACUUGGAUUAAGUUCCCAAGAACUAUAAUGAAUAAAAAUUCAUCAUAUGUUAAGCAAAUUAGGUAACUAAAUAUAUUUUCUUUUAAAAAAUAGUACCUUUCUAGAGUAGGGUAAUAAUGAUUAAAUAUGAAGCUGUUAAAGAUAUUCCUGAAGAUAUUUACAUUAAACACCAUUGUUCUAAAAUAAAGAUUAGAAUUGAAUGUAUUCUCGGUGUCUUCAAAGCCAGGGAACUUCUAUUUAUUAAGUAAUAUUUUAUAGAAAUAAAUUAAGCUAAUAUAAAUCAAUAUUAUUAUUUAACUUAAUAAAGGGUUUUUAAAUAAGGACGUUCAAUUUUUAAAUUUAAAUAAAACAAGUUAUCUUAGAGAUAUCCAAUCAAUUUUUUUUUUUAUUUGAAAGAAUAUUUUAUUCAUGGUAAUUAUGUAUGAAAUAUAAUAUCCUUCAAAUCUCCGUGAUGCUUUGCUUAGUGGUGUUUUUUUCGGAAAAUCCAAUUUUUAAUGAUUUUAUCAUAAAUCUUGAUUUAUUUGUUGGAUAGCGUUAGUUAUGUGACUUUGAGGGCAUCAGUUUGCUGUUUAUUUGCAUAAAUUUGCGAUUAAGGAUAACCUCAAAGGAAGUCUUAAGUCUUAAGACUUAACAGAAAGUUCAUAUAAAAUGUGGUCACUAUUUUUUCAUUCCAAAAAGUAUUAUUUCUUUUAAAUUUAUAAUUAUAAAAUAAUUAUUGUAGGAUUUUUAUUCGUGUAUAUGGUAUUUAUAAAUUGAGUUAUGUUUACUAUUUAUGUUUAUAUAUGCCACUCAUGACAUUGAUGUUAUUUCUUCAUCCCAUCUUCUAAAAACCAAAUUUCCUUUCAGAAAAGGUUCUAUAAUUGUAAAUUAGAAUAAUAUUGCUGGUAGAAAAGUUAUCCACAGAAAUAAAUGAAUUGACUAAUAUUAUUAGAGUAUGUUCAUCAUCUCACGAGUUAUUUCAAUAUUUAAUUACUCGAGUAUACAAUUCUUAUACAAGAUUUUAGUUUGAUUAUGUUAUGCUAUAGUUCAUUAACACAAUAGAUUUGUAAUAUUUAUAAUUACUUUUUUUUAAUCCAUUUUAGGGCAUAGAUAUUUCCCUUAUUUUUCUUUCUUUUGAAUAAAAGAGUUUAAUUUUUUUUCAUAAUACAGGUCUUUUUUAUUGUCCAUAGCAUCAAAGAUAACAAAUACUGUUGUAUGUAUUGUACAAAAGAAUCUUUCUCUAGGUUUCAAUAUUUCAAACAUCAGCAGACGCCUGACUAAUAGAAAUUUGAAAAUCAAAAUAAGAAUACUCCUUCUAUUUGCUAUAGAAUACAAUUUUUUUUAUCUUUUAUUAUAUUUUAGUAAUCAAAUAUUGGAAGUUAAUUUUCAAUUAGGAGAAGCGAUAAAUUUCUACAUGCCCAUGUCAAUGAUACAGAUUUUAUCAAAAAUACGUUAUGAUUCUAUUCAAAUGACAAAAAUGCCAAAAAACUAAAUAAAAUUGUUGGACUUGGAUUCAACAGAUUUUAAUUUUGAAAAUUGAUAUUAAUAUUAGUCAUUGUUGUUAGUUCAAGAAUGGCAGAGGGGAUUUCAGUUUUUUUAUAUAUAUAAGUAUGCCAUUCAUUUUUAUAACAAUGUUAAAUUUCCAAGGCUUUAGUAGAGUUGUUAAAGUUUUUCAAUUUGUUUUUAAAAUUAAAAUCUGUCAAACCCAAGUCCUAUAGUUUUGUCUAACUUAUGGCUUGUUUUACAUGAUAAUUUGUACCUCUUCCAGCCCCUUUAAGCAGUGCUAAUUUGCUUAUAGGUUAAUCUGGCACUACCUAUAUAAACUUGUUAAACAAUUUUAUUUGAAGAUAAACAUUUUUAAAAUGUAUAUGAUACCUAAUAUAAUUCAAUAAUUAUAUUAAUAAUAAGGAAAACUAUAAUUUUACUAGAUAUACAUAAAAUUAAUAUGAUUGUUUUUACUAAUAACAUUAAAAUUUUAAAUAAUCACAGUAAUGACAAUGGUGAUAUUCCCGGGGCCGUUAAUUAGGUUUAUUGUUGCCUCAAUACUAUUGUUUACAUUAUACCAAAUAAAUUAAAAUGCACAUGUUAUGUAGGUACCUAUAAUAAUUUAUAAAUUUUACAAACUUGAAAAAAUAUAUUCUACAUCAUGUUAUAUAUUUAUUGACUAAUUAAAGUGUGUUAUAUUUUAUAGGUAGCGCUAGAACCAGAUGAAUCUUAAUUGACAAGUAAUUAUUUUUAAUAUAAAUAUUAAAUACCUACCUAUUCCAUUAUGCUAAAUAUUUUAUUUUGUAUUUUUUGUAGAUGCUAUUGCUGACCAAAUAGAUGAUGAAAUUGGUCCAUUACUAGUUGAUGACAAAAAUAUCGAUAAAGAUUAUGAACAAGGUGAUGAAGUGGACAAUGAGACUACAAUGAAUGAAGAAGAAGCACUUCCGGAAUUGGAAGACCUUACGAUGGAAAUACGAUUUCUAGAAGAAGUAUCUAAAAUGAUCUAAUAAUAAUAAUAAUAAUAAUUGUAUUAUAUUGUUUAACUUUUUUUUAAUACAGGAAAGUAACAUGCCUAUUCAUGAACUUAUGCUUAUGUACAGCUAUGCAAACAGUGCUGCUGCUUCAGACAAGGACGAAAGAAAGAAGAAGAAAAAGAAGAGUUCUUCAAAGGAAAAUAAAGAUGAAAGAAAGAAGGUAAUAAUACAAUGUUUGUUAUACAAAAUAUUGUAUUAUUUGUUUUAAUUACUGUUGUGUUUAUCUAAAAAAAGCUUUCAUCUCUGUCUGAUGAAAUUCUAGGUAAGGCAAGAAAAGUUAUUUAAAAAUUGGGAGCUUCUUCAAUGUGCACCUACCUCGUAAGUGCGGUCUACUAUGGUCUAACUUGUCCUUGUGAUAUAAAAAUAUCUGCAAAAUUCCCAAAUAAAGAUAAAAAAAAUAUUGAUAAUGAUUGAUUAUAAUUUAUUUUACACCCAUUCCCAAUCUAAUACCUAAUCCUGUGAAAUAAAUUCAUUGGUAAAAACAGUUGUGCCUCUCCCCCUAAAUGGGUAUUGUGCAGUAGAUUAGUGGAAAAGUCAUCAUUAAAAUCUUGAAUAUAAUUUUCAAAUUGUACAAAUUUUAAAAAAUGUUGGUAGGUGUGCACCAGUCUGUUAUGAAAUUUGUUUGUCGUUGAAACAUCGAAAAACAGAAUACUGAUAUACCAAUAUAUAUUGUGGAAAAUAUUGAUAUUUGUUCUUAAUUAUUGAAACAAUAGAUAGUGAAUAGUGAUUGUAAAAUACCAAAAUUUUCCAAUGCAUAAUCAUUUAUGAUUAAUACUAUAUAUAUAUAUAUAUAUAUAUAUAUAUAUGUAUUAAUAAUACAAAUAUGUAUUAGUGCAGUAGCAUAUUUACCAGGAAAAUUAGGAAAAUAUUUCCCACCAUUGACUUUUUUUAGUAUCUAAUAGUUAACAAACCAUAUUUUUAAAUUAAAAGAUAUUUACUGUUUAGAUAGAAAAAAAAAAUUGAAUGUAUUAAUAUCUAUACAAGUUAAUGUAUCAAAUAAACCUUAACUUAUACAUACAUUCUUUUGUUUAAAACAAAACCUUUUUGAAUCACUAUAUACCUCUAAAUAGUAAACACUAGUAAAUUAAAUAAUUAUUUACUAAUAAUUGUAGUUAAAUAUUCUUUUUACAUAUGACUUUAAUAAUAAUUUUGGGGCUAUUUGAAUUAUAAAUUACUUGAAAAAAAUAUUAUAAUAAAAAAUAAAUUAUACAACAUUUUUUUUUUAGUCAGAGUACACAUUUUAUGUUACACAAUAUGACACAAUUUCCAAAAUCAAUAUUUUUCAUCAGAAAAACCAAAAUAGGCUACUGCAUCAGUGCAAAAUCUUAUUAAUUUAAGCAUUGGAUGUAAUAUUUUGAAAUUGCUGUAGAUUUUUCAGAAUACUUGUGUAGCAAUCAAUAGCUAUUUCAAAGACAAAUUAUAAUAUUUGCCUUAAUUGUGUUUUUCUUUUUAGAUUUUGUAUAUUUUUAAUAUUUUUGUUUUACACAAUUUUCACCAUAAGAAUUAAAAAAAAAAAGCAAAAUAUUGAUGUACAGUGGCGAUCCCUGUAUAUGUUGGUGGUUCCACACUACUAGUGUAAUCAAUAAAUAUUUGGAAAUUGAAUCUUUAAAAUGCUUGAUAACUGAUACAAAGUACUUAUUUAUUCCAAUUCAACAUUGGCCCAGGCUAAUGUUUAUCUAGAUUAUAAAAAUCUAUUAACUCUAACUAAUAUCAGAUCCAAUUAUUUUUGAAAGUUGGGAGAGGCACAUUUAAGUAGGCACAAAUAUACUUACUUUUUGAAGUAAGCACAAGGCUUUAGACAUACUCCUUUACUGUAAAAGCCCCCAUACACUAUGAUAAAUCAUUGGUUAAACCAGUUUUUAAAGUCAAGAAUGGACAAAAAUAAAAACUGUUUGGUUUUGUCUAUACACUUUAUGAUUUAUUGAUGGAUUAUUGUAGCGUAUGAGAGCCUUAAUGCCACCUAAAGAAAAAUCUUAAAAUAUUAGUGCUUCAGAUAUUAUAUAUAUAUCAGAUAUUAUAUUUUAUACAACAGUAUCAGGUUUGGUCAUCACAUCUAUAGGUAUCCCUAAAUGAUGACAAUGUAAUAAUUCAAAAUACAUCUGAACAUGUAUUUUUGAAAAAUGAUAUAAAUUCUUAAAAAUAAAUAUAAACUGUAUAUUGAGUUAGAAAUGUACUGGUAGAUAGCAUAUCAAAGUAGCAAUGCAAAAAUUUAGUUAUGAUAAUUGCACCAUACUUAAUCAAACAAUAAUUAUUAUAUAUUAAUCGCAUAUUGAAGUAAUUAAUUGUAUAGGUAGGUGACCUACUAAAAAGUGUAAAUAAAUCCUUGGUAGUUGAAAACUGACCAGAUGGCUGAUGACUUAAACAUUUUAGCUGUUAAUGGUUAUUUAUAGAAAUUAAUUAAUACUAUUGAUAUCCAUUGAUUUUUCUUAAAGAAACUACAUUUUUUUUUUUUCAUUGAACAUUUUGUAUUCAACUUAUUCAGUCAAACUUAUAUAACUUGAACUUUAUUAACUCAAAAUCAUUGAUACCUAGAACUUCCAGGGUCCCUAGAAUUUCUUAUUUAAACAAUAUAAAAAUUUGUAAAUAUUUUAUAAAUAACUCAAAGUUAUAAUUUUAUUAUUAUGAUAUGGUACAAUUGUUGGUUAUUCUUAUAAAUAUGUAUGUACAUCUAUUAAAGUUAAUUUAAAAGUUUAUUAAUGUUAUGAAUACUAAUAAAGUUGAUAUAACUGGUUUACCAUCCGAUAAUGCCACUCAUAUAAACCUCAAUGUUUUGUUAGGGUUCAGUAUUUAUAAUUUUAUGAUGGUUGUUUGUGAUAUCAGUAUUAAAUUGAAUAAAAUAAAAUGAAAAUUCAAUAACUUGAACUUUUCCGCCAGUCCCCCCUUCAACUUCGAGUUAACCAUGUCUGACUGCAUAAAUUAACAAUUUGAAUUUGUAAGAACUGAAUAAUGGUUCAGUAAAUUAAUUUUGUGUUUCAAUAAUUACUGAAUUAUGCUUCAAAUAAAAAAGUGCUUUUUUAAGCAAAUGCCAACAUUUUAGUUAUGAAAUAUAUUAAAUUGGUUUUUUUAAUUCAUAUCAAUCAUUUAUUUAUUUUAAUACAUUUAAUAGUUAAAGGGCCCAGUAACAGUUUUUCAUAUCUUUCAAUUUUGAAAAAUUAUUUAAUUAAAAUAAUUACCAUUUUAAAUAUUUUAUUUUCCAACUGAUCUACUAUCUUAUACUCAUUUAGGGGGAAAGAAUGGUGCUUUUUUUUAAAUGACAAAGAAAUAGUGAUAACUCAUUGUCAGUUCAAUAUUCUUAUAAACAUUUUUUUUAUUGAUAAACAACAAUCUUUAGACCACAUUGAAGUCUUGAUUUUUUAAUUCGGAUUUCAAGUAAUAGAAAAAGAUUAUUAAAAUUUACUUUUUUAAGACAUUAUAAAUGUUGAGAAUAAAAUAUUGAAAAUGGAGUACAAUGCAGUUUGUGUAAUAUUUUCCUUUAUUAAUUUAAAAAAAAAUAAAUACGAUUUGGUUUAUUCUACUGAAUAGUAUCACUAUUUCUGUAGAGCUUUCUUUGUGGGCAAAAGAACAUUGGUACUAAGUGCCUUAAAGAAUAUUAUUUAGUAUAGUUCAUUAAUAUUUUUUAUAUUAUAGAUUCAACUGAAGGAGAAAAUUCCGCUAAACAAAAUACCAGUAAUGAGUCUGUGUCAGGGACUAGGCCAGUCUCUGCUGAUCAGUGUGGAAAAUCUAAAAACAGAAAAGUGUAUGCAGAACUACCACAAGUAAGUAUUUGUAUAUAAAUACAAAAUUAUAUUUUCAUAUAUGGUUUCAAAUCAUACACCCAGUCGUAUUUAUGUCUAAAGAUCCUUCAGGUCUCAAGAUUUAUUAAAUAUAUAAAUAGUUUAAAGCUUUACUGAAAAAUAAAACCCCUCAAUUUUUUUUAAAAACAAUUACUUUUAUAUUUUACUGUAAUUAUUAAAGUAUGUUUUAAUCAGUUUAAUAUUAUAAUAAAACACUUGAUUGAUUUGAUUGCAUUACUUUUUGUUGUCAGGUUGAAAAAAAUUGUCAGAAUAUUCUUACUCUGAUGUUUAUUGCUCAUCAAUUUUCUAUUACAAUCUUUUGUCAUAUUUUGUUUUUUGAAAUGAUUGCAUUUAAAUAAUUUUGGUUUUAAAAAAAAUCAUAAAAAUUAAUUUUUAGUAUCAUUGUUGCUUUGAUAGUAUAGGAAUUAGAAACUAAUUUUUUUAUCUCCAUAAUACAUUUAUUUAAAUAUUCUCUAAAAUGCUGCAUUAAUUCCAGGUAUUACUUGAGAAUAUUCCGCAAUUUGCAAAAAUUGUCAAGUAUAUUUAAAAAAAAAAAAAAACAACAGAAAACUGAUUUAUUUAUUGUGUUCUAAAAAUAAGAAAUUAGGAGAUUCUCAACAUAAGGAAAAACAUAUUGGUUUUAUUAUGAAUUGUUUUGUGUUUUUCUGUCUACAUAAUAAUUUAAAAUUCUGGAACUUCAAUCCUAUCAGUAAAACAUAGUUUAAACCUAUGUCAAAUAUAAAUGGGUAUUUUGGAGAGGCUAUUAUAGGCAAAUUGAAAAUCAGUAAAAUUAUUUGUAUGGAUUUAUUUAUUUUUAAAAUGUAAAAAUAAAAACAUUUUAUAGUAUGAUUUUUUUCUUUUUUAGGAUAAUGGAAGAAUUAUACAAGCAUCAAAACUAUUAGAUUUAUAAGUGGCUGAAAUGGGUAAGUUAUAUUUAUAAUUUAUUUGUGUUUUUAUUAAGUACAUUGGUGUUAUAAGAUUUUUACUCUGGGGGGACAAGCAUAAAACUAUUGUAAUUUAGGGUGUUAAAUAUUUUGAAAAUUUCCAAUUUAAUUUAUCAAUAAAAUUCUAGUACUCAAAUUGAGUAAAAAUCGCAAUAAAGGCGAUAAAUAGGCAACAAAUAGGUAGAAAUGCACGAUAUGAAGUAAUUUUAAAGGCGCUUAAAAAUGUAAAUUGCUCCAUCACGAAGUUUGAUUAAAAACAGAAGGAAAUUCGGGGCAUCCAGUUUUAUUUCACCAAAAUAAAAUAUUUUUUUAAUUUAAAUAUAAACUCAAAAACAAAUAGAAUUUGUGUAUUAUCAUGGUUGAUUCAUUAAGAGGUACUAUUUUAAAAUGGGAUUUUAUGACAGAAAACGAAUGAGUCGUAUCAAACUAUCAUGUUAUUUUUGUUUAGUGCUGUUUGACAUCUCAUCGUGUAAAGACUUAGCCGGGCAUAGCGUCUACCAAAUUAUUCAACUUUAUUACUAAAAAGUCCUCGUAGAACGCUGAUUUUCGUAAGUUUAGAGAAACUUAUGGUCCGCAUGAUCGGCCUACCGAACACAUAAUUGUAAAAUUUGAAACUCAAUUUUCAUUAUUGGAUAACACACGACCAAAUAGGCCGUAUCCAACACGUAGUGAAGAAAAUAUAGUGGCGGUAGCUGGAAGUGUACGCGAUGACCGUGAUGAAUCGAUUCGGUGCCGUUCUCAACAGCUUGGCCUGUCGUAUGCAACAACUUGGCGUAUUUUACGUAAGGACCUUGGUUUAAAAGCAUACAAAAUUCAACUCGUCCGAGAAUUGAAGCCGGCCGACCUUCCGAAUCAUUCUUUACAUUGCUCCUUAGAAAACGCUACUCCCGAGGCACUGACGAAUCUACUUCCGAUAACGUUGAACCGUCAGACAUUUUGGAACCAUGGGUAUUAUUAUUGA